AUGGCGUGUUCGUGUUCUCUCCUCCCUUUACCUGCAGUUUCUUUAAUUAGUCCAACACAGUCCAUUCUUACAAAUAGACCUUCAAGUUCUAUAUUCAAAACUAGAGCCGUGGCUAAAGAACUUUAUUUCAACCAUGAUGGCUCAGCUACAAAGAAGCUUCUGGCAGGGGUGAACCUGGUGGCUGAGCUAGUUGGGGUGACAUUGGGUCCUAAAGGAAGGAAUGUUGUGUUGCAAAACAAAUAUGGACCUCCCAAGAUUGUUAAUGAUGGUGAAACUGUUCUAAAAGAGAUUGAGUUAGAGGACUCAUUGGAGAACGUCGGAGUGAAAUUGGUGAGGCAAGCUGGUGCAAAAACCAAUGAUAUUGCUGGUGAUGGUUGCACUACAUCUGUCGUGCUAGCUCAGGGUUUGAUUGCUGAGGGUGUAAAGGUUAUUGCAGCGGGCAUGAAUCCUAUUCAGAUCUCACGUGGGAUUGAGAAAACUGCAAAAGCCCUUGUUUCUGAACUCAAAUUGAUGAGCAGAGAGGUUCAGGAUCAUGAGCUUGCAGAUGUUGCUGCCGUAAGUGCAGGAAAUGACUAUGAAGUAGGAAACAUGAUAGCUGAUGCUCUUCAACAAGUAGGAAGGAUGGGUAUAGUCACAGUUGAAAAAGGGAACUGUUCUGAGAAUACUCUACAGAUUGUAGAAGGGAUGCAUUUUGAUCGUGGAUAUUUAUCUCCUUAUUUUGUUACGGAUCAACAAAAGAAGACAGUGGAGUUUCACAACUGCAAGUUGCUUUUGGUAAACAAAAAAAUCACGAACCCAAAGGAGAUGUUUAAAAUAUUGGACAAUGCUGUUAAGGAGAAGUAUCCAAUUGUGAUAGUUGCAGAGGGCAUUGAGCAAGAAGCUCUGGCUCCAGUAAUUAGGAACAAACUCAGGGGUGUGCUGAAAGCUGCGGCUAUUAAAGCUCCUGCCUUUGGUGAGCGCAAGAGCCACUGCUUAGAUGACAUUGCUAUCUUAACUGGAGGGACUGUAAUCAGAGAUGACAUGGGAUUGACCCUUGAAAAGGCGAACAAGGAGGUUUUAGGGACUGCUACUAAGGGGUGA